CGCACCCUGUCGACUCCGCCCCCCUCGCGCCGUAACGCCGCCUGGCGGCAGCGCCGCGAAAUGUAUACGACGUCUAUGUACACCGAUGCCACUUCGUACUUAUAAUUUCGCUGGACGUAAAUUUCGACCGAAACGGUUCAAUGGACUUUUCAAAAACAUUAAACGUGUCACGUAACAUGAAAAGUCUUAUGCUACACAAGAAAACUAAAGGAAGUGGUGUUGCGCAACUCGUUUUUUAAAAUAUUGUGUUAUCCAAGUGCCUUUUUCGUGUCCGCGCGUGUGAGUACGGUGUCGAGUCCCGUUUGGAGGCAAUUUAACGGAUUUAGGCUUAAAGGUUGUUGGUGUGGUUGUGUGGUGGUGUUGUGUGAGUGUAGUGUCAUGGCGCUUAGCUAGCGGCCGGCACGGCAUGCGCGCGCGCCGCUAGCCAUGCCGGCUGGCACAUGGCGCAGUACACACACAGGACACAGCCCAUGCACAGGCCCGGGCAGAGUGAGCACGGGCACGGGGCGCUGGCGUACGGCGGCAAGCAGGCGGGCGUGGCGCCGGCGAGGCCCGCCGCGCCCUACGCGCCGCCCUACUCGCCCGCACAGCUGCGUCUGCACCAGCCAGGGUAUGGAUCCGCUGCGUUGUCAUACAGAGACAGCUAUGCCCGCGGCGGAGGCGGCGGCGCGGUCGGCGAGUACCGGUCCGGCGCGCGGAUGUCGCUGUUGGGCUCAGCGUACUUGCCGCCGCCGGCGCCGCCAGCCCACCAUCCGCCGCCGGCUGACCCGCCGCCCUUCAAGAAGAUCCGCCUCGCCGCUGAGCGGCCCUCGCCUGCACCACAUCAGCAGCUCAGGGUUGACACACGGGAGUCGGUUAUGAACUCUUACAACAACUCGGUGGAGGUGUUAUCGCCCAACCCGCCUUCCGAACCCACCAUCGAGGACCAGAGCUUUCGGACAACAAAAGACGAUCUACUACAGCAAAUAUCUAAGGUGGAUCGAGAAAUGACGCUGUCGGAGACGACGCUACUGAAACUGAAGAAAAAGCAAGAAGAAUUGGAACAGACAGCGUCGAAGCCAGCGCGGGCCGAGGAACCGGAAGAGGCGCCGCCCCGGCAUCGGAGUCUGGCUCAGUGUAUAUACGCGGACAACAGGAAGAGGGCGGGCGCGGCGCACGCGGUGCUGGCGCACCUGGGCCCGCCCGUGCUGUACCCGCUGUACAACCAGCCGCAGGACACGCUGGUGUACCACGACAACAUCCGCCGCCACCGCGCCUUCCGCAAGCGCCUCGCCGACCACCUGCGCCGCCUGCGGGCCGAGGCGGAGAAGCGCGAAGAUGCGUUAACAGAGGAGUACAGCCGGCGCGCCUCGGAGUGGAUGAGGCGCGUCGAGCGACUCGAGCUCGGGCAGAAGAGGAAAGCCAAGGACGCCAGGAACAGGGAAUUCUUCGAGAAGGUGUUCCCCGAGCUGCGCAAGCAGCGCGAGGAGCGCGAGCGCUUCAACCGGCUGGGCGCGCGCGUCAAGUCGGAGGCCGAGCUGGAGGAGAUCGCCGACGGCCUGCACGAGCAGGAGCACGAGGACAAGAAGAUGCGCUCGCUCACCGUCGUGCCGCCGCUGCUGCGCGACCCGCGCGAGCCGCGCCCGCUGCUGCUCGACACCAACAAGCGCUGCAUGGACAUGGAGGCCGAGUACCGCGGGCUGCAGCUGCGCAACGUGUGGACGCAGCCCGAGCGGGAGCUGUUCCGCGAGAAGUACCUGCAGCACCCCAAGAACUUCGGCCAGAUCGCGUCCUUCCUGCCGAGGAAGAGCGUCCGGGAUUGUGUUAGGUUCUACUAUCUAUCGAAAAAAGCAGAAAAUUACAAACAGUUACUACGAAAACCGCGACCGAGGCGACACGCGAGGCCGAGGCCAGCGCCGGAGCCCGAACUGCCUGCAGGUGUCACGACGAGAUUGCAACGGUCGCAAGGCUCCCGCGCGGCCGACAACAAGGAGCAGAGCAUGGAGGAGAUGGCGCCGGACCCCACGCCCGUCAACUGCAUCCCCGUGCCGCCCCCCUCCGCCGCGCCCGCGCACGCGCACCCCGCCCGGUCGGAAUUAGAUAGAACACCUCCCCUCCCUCCUUCUCCGCCGCCCGCUUCGUCAGCGCCGCCGGGACCCGUGGCCAGCACGACGAGCGACAAUAGCGAGAUGAGUGGACCAAGUACGAUCGGCGGCUCAAGCGAACUGAUCGGUUCUUGUGGACUAAACGGUUCCAGUGGACUGAACGGUUCGAGCGCACUGAGUGGUUCAAGCGGAUAUAGCGGUUCAAGUGGACUAAGUGGUUCAAGCAACUUGAGCUGUUCGAGCGCGAUGAGUGGUUCGAGCGCUUUGAUUGGCUCCAGUGGCAUGAGUAGUAGUGGGAGUAUGAGUAUAUCUAAUGUAUUUACGAGUACUAGCGGAGUGAGUGGUUCUAGUGGAUUAAGUGGUGCAAGUGUAGUGACUUCUAGUGGUGUCUAUUCGAGUGGGCUAUGCGUACCAUCAGGUGUAGCGUCACUGGGUAGUCCAGCUCCACCAGCUACGCCGCCGGUGCCCGAAACUCCAUUACCGCCCUUACCGGAACUACCACCAGCUACCGUCGCGACGAUUACAACUACCGUUAUUACUACGACAUGCGUGUCGAGCGGCGGGGGCGCGGUGUCCACGUCGUCGGGCAGCGCGCCGCCCACGCCGCAGCCUGCGCCGCCACCCACGCUCACGCAUCCCUCGCCAACUCCUGAACCAGCGGUUACGGAGAGAACGAGUACUCCAUCAUCCACGAUACCACCAUCAAGCACGCCCACCACCACUACCACCACUGUGACUGCAAGCGCAUGUGCCGUGUGUUCGGCGACGGGUGCCACCAGGGCGGUAGCACCGUCGAGAGCCGCCCAAUACGGGUUGGAGCCGUCGACGACGGGUGCGAGGGUGUGCGAGGCGUGCCACUGCCGCUGCGUGCGUGCGAGACGCAGCAGGUGCACGGUGCCCUCGUGUGCGGGGCCCAGGGCCAAGCGGCUGAGACACCUGCCGCCGCGCUGGCACGACCUACCUCAGGAUUUAAAGAGGCCGCUCAUGGAUGAGUUUCAAAUCCCAAGUGAUCUUAGCAAAUGCUGUCUAACUUGUUUCAAAAGGAUAACCCGACGGCUAGACACGAUAGGGGAAGGGGGUUCCGCCCCUGAACCCACAGAGGACGAGGCCUCCAAAUUCCGAAUACUGCUGCGGGAGCACGGCACCGCCUGGGAGAGGAUGUCGGCCGCCAGUGGACGGACUCCGGCCAGUCUAAAGGCUUUCUACUUCACCUAUAGAAAAAAACUCCAACUCGAUACGUUGCUCAGUGAACGACAACCCUCGCGGGGCAGCGACACGGACGACAGCAUACUAAGCUCUGGUGAUACGGAUACGGCUAGUGCGGAGUCUCCAAGACCUCCGCCGCUACCAGGGCCCCGGACCGAUGCAGUGGCUCCCAGAAGGCAUCGGCGGGAUGAGUAUGAUUCCUCGGCUACGGAGACGGCUGAUGAAGAAAACGACGCACCCAGUGCAAAGUCGGUGGCGCCCGCGCCCGCCCCCGCGCCCGCGCCCGCGCCCGGCGCCGCCGGCGGCGCGGCGAGCAGCAGUGCGGCAGCCGUCAGCAGCGCUCCGACGCUCACCAUGCGCGACGUCGUGCUCAACAUGAUCGAAGUCAGCCUGCUGAAGAACUCCCGGCCGCCGCCGCUGCCGCCGCACACGCUGCACCACCAGCCGCCGAAGGUGUCGAGUCAUGAGUCGCUGGCCACGCUGACGGUGGUGAGUGGUGCGCACGCGGGCUCCCCGCGCUCCCCACGCUCUCCGCACCGCGGCGCCACCAUCACUCCGCUGCCGCCCGAUGGCAAGGAGCUGCUGUUGCUGCACGUGGAGCCCCGGGCGCCGCCCCACGUGCCCGCGGAGCCGCUGCUCGACCUGAGUGUCAAGCGACCGCGGCACGACCUGCCGCCUAAACCUCCUCAUCGGAACGCAGAAUACGCGACGUACCGCACUCAGCCCGAUCGCGAGUCCCCGACGUACAACGCCAAGCCAAAACCUGUGUCAUCACCACGCCCUACUCUGAAGCUGUCCAAUCCAAAGGGCUCCAUCACACUGGGCACACCCGUCGAGACUCGGUUCGAACAGAAAACCGGUUCCAUCACGGCCGGCACGCCGGUCCACGGCCCGCACCACUUGCCAGAGAAGCGGAACAUGGACUACCACAGACGGCGGAGUCCCGGUGGCGCGUACUACGCGGGCGCCCCCAACCAGCCGAGACCGCAGUCACCCUCAUUUUCAACGGCGACGUCGGCGGCGGUAUCUCGUGGACCAUACGGCUUGGAGCGGCGGCAGAUAAUGCUCACCGACUUCAUCACCUCGCAGCAGAUGCAUGGUGGCACGAGAAGAGAGCGCGCCGAGCCGCCUCAUCAGCAGCACCACCAGCAGCACCAACACCAGCAACACCAGCAUCAACACCAGCAGCACCAGCAGCAUCAACCAAUCCGGCGGGAUAGGGACAGCGUGUCCGUCAUACAGAGGCAUACACACGCUUAUUCUCAUCCCCAUCCUCCCCCUGGUCAUGAAGCCUUCACAUCGCUGGUGAACGCAGCGUCAGCAGCACCGGCUCUGCCCGUGCCGCGCACUCGUGAGCCCGAGCCCGCACCGGAGCCCCUACACCACGCGCACCCGCACCAACAGCACCAGCAGCACCCGCAGCACCCGCAACAUCAGCAGCACCAGCAGCACCCGCAACACCCUCAACAUCCGCAACAUCAGCAGCACCCGCAGCACCACGAAAUGAGUAGAGGGUCCCGCGAGUUCGCACUGUCACAGAAGUAUCACACGCAAUACGCUACGGACCGACGCGCUCCACAACGAGACAGUCGAGAACGAGGGAUGGUACCUAUCCAAGAUAGGCAUUACGUGAUCGAACAGCACCAGCAGCAUCCGCAGCAUCCGCAGCACUCACAGCACCAGCAGCUUGCGCAGCUCCAGCAACAUCCUCAGCAUCCUCAACAUUCUCAGCACACGCUGAUCGAUCGGCUUCACUUACAAAUCGCACAGUAUUUCCAGAACGUGUCGAGCGAGGAGCGUCGCGCCGGCGCGCCCUACAGCCCCGCGCCCGCCAAGCGCCCGCUGCACGCGCUCGACCGGAAGGACGGCUGUUCGCCUCACAGCCGGCCCGCGGUGAGCGUCGCAACGACAGUGACGAGUGUGGCGGGCGCGGGAGCGGGAGCAGGGGCGGGGGCGGCUGGCACCGCGGCGGCGGCAGCGGCGGCGGCGGCGGCUGGAGCGGAUCGCACGAGACCUGCCGACAGCAGUAAACUCACCGCCGCCUCGCUGAUCAACGCCAUCAUUACGCAUCAGAUCAACCAGACCUGUGACCAGAGAUUCCCGCCGAAGAUAAUCCGCGAAGGCGAGCAACCGGCGCAACCUCCACCCGACCGCGUGCUCGCAAUCGACCAUGGGCGUGAUCGUGAACGUGACCGCGAACGUGAGCGCGAGCCCGAACGUGAGCGUGACCGCGAGCGUGAUCGCGAACGUGAACGCGAGCGCGAGCGUGAGCGUGAGCGUGACGAGACACCGCCUGUGAUGCACAAGAGCAUCAAGCUCGGGGAUCUCGCCUCAAACAUCAUCGUAAGGGACUUCAGCAGUCCCAACACCAACACACUCAUGCAUCAUAAUAAUCGCUUCGCCGUGUCGACGGCGGACACGUACGUGGCGAGCAGCGGCACGAGUGCGAGUGCGAGUUCGGGCGUGUCUGCGGAUGACUGGCGGCGGGACGCGCCCAAACACGCGCCCUACCUCGAGCCCGUGUCGCCGCCCGACAACCACCACGCGGGGAGAGGCAGUAGUAGCGUCGGUGGUGGCAGCGGCAGCGGUGGGCGGCGGUACAGCGGCGUCGGUGGCGGCGUACUGACUGCCUACGACUACGUCACCACGCGCAUAGUGGAAGUCAUGCGCAACGAUGCCGACGAGCGCGCCAAGCCGCUGCCCUUCCCCACCUCGUACGCCUACCCCUACUCCGCGCUCAACGUCGCCACGCCGGUCUCCGACGGUAGCACGGCGGUGAGCAGCGCGGCCAGCGUGUCGAGCGGGGCGGCCCCGCUGCCGGCGCCCGCGCAGCCCGAGCCGGCGCCGCUCAUGUCGGCGCAGUACGAGCCGCUGUCGGACGAGGACUGACGGCCGCGCGCCCCGCCCGCGCGCCCCCCGCGAGCCUAGCGCGCGCGUCGCCCGCCGCCCGCGCCGCCCCCCUCCGCGUCCGCGCCCGGCGGGCGACACUCCGUCAUCCGCUACGGGGACGGCUACCGUGGAUGAUACAACGAAAGAUAAUGAGUUCACUGCGAGUGCAGUGACUGGAGGACUCGAAGUGACGAUCGUCGCGAGUGUCGGUGUUCGCGAGCGGACUCGGCCGUGGAUCCCGUGCGCCGGCGAAGUUUUUAUGUAACGAAGCAGGGAUGCAGUUUUCUGUGGAGAAGCUUUAAUGGACGAUGUUCGUAUUAUCCUGUGAUCGAAACGCGAUUUUACGUCGAUAUUUCCGCAUAUAGACUCCAUUUGCCGAUAUUUUUUUUACGAGCGAAGCAAACUAAUCGAAUAACACGCGCAUAUUUUUAUGUACGACUCUGAAAUAAAUGAAAAUGUAUGUAAUGAUUGUAUAUAGUUAUGUAAAGUGAGAGGCGAGCGAGCGAGGAGGAAUCUGCUCGCGACGAGCUGGCAGUCACUCGGCAUUACUGGCGGGAUGAGUGAUAUUGUUACAUAUGACUACAGAGUGAGAUGAUGUGAAUAUUCAAUUGUUAUUUAUUUGUUAUUUUUUUCACUUAUUUCGUCUUUUUAAUGUCGUAGUGACCGUAAUGAUGAAUAAUGUGGAGCGAAAUGGUAUAUUGAUAGAUGUGAUUCUAUAUACCAGAAUACAAGAUAAACGCGACCAUGUAUUUAUAAUCUGUGUCGUCUCGACUCACUGAGAUAGAAUAAUCUAACGGUUUCUGAAAGUUUAGCAUUACUACGUGCAAGCUGUCAGAUGGUCAGAGUCUACAUUAUUCGGCAUUAUGAGCGUGUUCGAGAAUUGAGAUGGCUAUAUUCUAUGUAAUACAAUAUAUAGCACUGCCGCUGCGCAUACCUCAGUAAAUUUAAGUGGCAGCCACACAUUAGCGAAACUGUAAUAUUGACCCAGUCUUCCAUCUCAACACCGGUAGCGUAGGAUCGCCGCGCGUCUUCGUCCAUGUCUACACCUAAGUACUUGUAAAUUGUGUAAAUGAUAGUUUGUAUAAGUUAUAUGACCUCGCCCGGGCAUUUCGCAGAUUCCUCGCUCACGGGCGUUUCGAGGCGGCCAUGCCGCGCUAGGCUUAAGGAUUACAAACGAUAAGUUUUUUUUUGUAUAGCUUCGCUUCGGAUUUCGCUGUCGCGAUUAUCAUUCGAGUUAGUAUACGCGUAGUUGAAUUUUCAUUUGUCUCGUGUAAAUAGCGCAUCGAUCGUCUAUGUAUAGUUCGCCGACGCAGCGAAGUCCGGUCGACAUAUACAUACGUAUACAUAGUGUAAACACGGUUAACGAAACGGUAAAUUAUAUACAUAUUGUAAAAGUGUAUGGUUAUUAUGUAUACAUACUGUGCAUUUGUAAUUAUACAGGUUAGUUUAACGAGUACGAUAGAGAUUUUCAUUUUCUAGUUAGGUCGGUCCGAGGACCGGGUAUAAAUAUUGAGCGGGAGUGGGUUAUGAGUGCGAGAGUGUCCGUGUGUGUCCGUGUGCGUGCGCGUCCGUGUCCGUGACCGUCCGCCGCCGCCCGCGCACUGCCGUCUGACGUCUGACGUGUCCGGUCGCUGGUGAGCUGCGUGCGUCUCGAACGACACCCCAACAUUGUUUUCACUUAAAAAUAAUUAAAACGAAUAUGUUUUCAAUAAAGAACAAACCUAUUUGAGUUAAACGUAAAAAUUGUGUUGACAUUAAUCAUAAAUCGAGCCGUAGAUAGUCUUUGGUAAUUGAACGGAGGUUGGACACGCAAGCGGGUGUGGUGUUUGUACAUGUCUUUCAAAUAUUGUGAAUAAAACGACUGAUUAACGUAACUAGUGUCCGCGAGGCGCGCGGCGGCGGCGGCGGCGGCGGCCGCACACAUUGUGAUUUCUUUAUAUAAUGUAACGUACUAAGUAGUCGAAAGAGAAGAUAAUCCUUGUAAGUCCGAUCUUAAGUAAAAACAAAGUUUUGGGAGGACAGAUCAAUAAAUAAGAUGCAAAUCUA